CAAAGCUAAUAGCAACCGUUAGCCUAACUGACCGUCGGAGAGGAUUGUGACCAAGUAACAAUAAAUUAGAGCUUUAUAUUCGUUGCUUGUUAUGUAUUCAUCCUUAUAACGACGCAUUUUGGUAAGAGUCAGCAAGUUCCUUGAUUGGUUGUCGUUAUAACAACGACUAUGGAUGCAGUAAACGCGUUCAACAUGGAGUUAUUCUCCAUGAUUGACAUGAAGCCUCCAAUAUCCCGUGCUAAGAUGAUGUCUGUAACAAAAUCAGCCAUCAAAGCUAUUAAGCUUUACAAGCAUGUUGUCCAGAUAGUUGAAAAGUUCAUCAAGAAGUGCAAGCCAGAACUGAAGGUCCCUGGUUUGUACGUGGUUGAUUCUAUUGUUCGACAGUCACGGCAUCAGUUUGGUGUUGAUAAGGAUGUAUUUGGGCCCAGAUUCUUGAAGAACUUCUCAGAUACUUUUCAGAACCUGUUCCACUGCCCAGAGGAUGACAAGAGCAAAAUUAUCCGAGUCCUGAAUUUGUGGCAGAAGAAUGGGGUGUUUGACAUGGACGUCAUUCAGCCACUUAUGGAUAUGGCCAACGGAUCUGUUGAACCUCCUCCUGCAGUUGAAGUUCCUGUCAACCCCAAACCAGGGACACAGCUUCCUGUCACUAGUGCCUCAGAUGUGCCUGCUGUGCCCCAGCUACCCACUCCUGAUGCUUUGGCUGCUGUGGCGCAGCUGUUUCAAUCCCCCCAUGGUCAAGAGCUGCAGAGGAUGCUUCAGAGUUUCCAGCAGGCAGAUAAAAGUGUGGCAGACAUAGCUAACAACAUGCCAACCCCACCUCAGAUGCCUGUGGCCCAGCUCAACCCCUACAAUGCACCGACGGAGAAGAGAACUUCUUUAGCUGAGAAACUCCUGGACCGAUUUGACUAUGAUGAUGAACCCGACGAUAUGAUGGCUAAAGAUGCCACUGCCCAUUUACAAGGCCAUCCUGAAAAUGUGACAAACCAGUUUCACGGUCAGAUGCCCAAUGCAGAGAAUGUUAAUCCACAUAUGAUGGGUCAGACUGGUGGUGCAGAGCACAUUGGAGGAGUAAGUCAAAUCGAACGCCACAGGGUGCCAGAUGGAUACCCCUCCUCGAAUGAGGUUUAUUCACGAUCACGGGAAAAUUCAAGAGAGCGCUCGUCACUGAGGCGGGAGGGCAGACACAGAGGCCAUGGCAGAAGAUCAAGAUCAAGAUCUGGUUCCAGAUCUCCAAGAAGAAGAAAAUCAAGAUCAUCGUCCCGUUCAAGAAGGCCCAGGCAUCGACGUUCUCGCUCUCGCUCUAGAGAACGGCGCUGGGGAUCUCGCUCUGGUUCUCAAGACACAAAUGACAGAGAGAAAGACAGAGAACGCAGACAGAAAGGCCUUCCCAGCAUAAAGAGUCAGACACUCAGUGUUUGCAGCACUACACUUUGGGUUGGGCAACUAGACAAAAAGACUCAGCAGUCUGAUGUGAUGUCCCUUUUGGAAGAGUUUGGCCAGAUUGAGUCCAUCAAUAUGAUUCCUCCGAGGGGUUGUGCUUAUAUCGUCAUGGUUCACAGACAAGACGCCAAUACAGCUUUAAACAAACUCAGAAGAGGGUCAUACAAAGUCAAUCAAAAACCCGUUAAGAUUGCUUGGGCUUUAAACAAAGGCAUAAAAUCAACUCACAAAAAGUUCUGGGAUGUGGAGCGGGGAGUUACUUACAUCCCCUGGAGCAAGGUCAAGGUGGACGAGUUGGAGAGCUAUCAAGAAGGGGGCACACUGGAUGCAGAGACACUGAAUCCAGACUGGAAUAAUGCCAAGGACCUUGUGAAGCUGCCAGCUGUUAAUGGAGCAUUGGAAAGUGCACCAGCAGAUGGGACCAUAACAGCCAAUAUUCAGGUGCCACCAGUUGAGCAGACAGACUCGAUCAGAAGUCCACCAGCUUUUUCUUCCCCCAUCAUGCUGUCCCCCACAGCCAUGCCUCCAGGUGGAGCGCCUUUCAUCCCUCCAGAGUUUGACCCUGCAAAGUUGGCAUCAACCGGAAGUGUAAAACCUCCAGAGAAGUCGAUACAUGAUCCUGAGGCAGAAAAAGUCACUCCCUCAGAUGCCAGCACUGAACACCAGCUGGGAUCUCCAGCAGCACCAGUAAUGAACCUAUCCAGCCCAGGUGUCAUGCCUGGCCCUAUGCCUGGUCCCAUGCCAGGCCCCAUGCCAGGUCCCAGACCAGGUAUGCCCCCUCUGCAUGGCAUGCCAAAUCCUCAUGUACCUCCUUUCCUCCCUCCUCCAAACAUGCCACACAUGCCCCAUCCAGGGAUGCCUGGAGGACCCAUGUUUCCACCAGACAGGUUCAGAAUGCCCAUGCCUUUUCCUCCUCGUGGACCUCCUUUCCAUCGACCUCCCCCUAUGGGACCAGGAGGCAUGGAUGUCAGAGAAGGGGGACAUUUCCAAAAUGGGAGGCCAGGAUUUGGUGGCCCCCCUUUCCCUAGAGGGAGAUGGUAGAGGACCUGAAGGGAGAGGAAACUGAACUGCUGUUGUAAAUAAAUACCAGAACAUCUGGUUCAGUGAGGACUGAUGAGAACGUGUGAUGAGACUUUUUCUUACACCACAAGAACAUUUUCUUAGGUUUAAAUAAACAAUGAAACAAGACAAGA